CUCUUUUUUUCUAUAUCCAAAUAUUAUUUGAGUAAGAAUAAUGAUGGUAGGCUUAACUGAAGUCUUCAUCAUCAUUGCAUUCCUUUUUUUCUUUGUAUUCCAAUGUUUCUUCCUCCACAAGAAAUCUCAGGGAAACCCUUUGUUGAAAAACUGGCCUUUCCUAGGGAUGCUGCCAAGCUUGCUCCACCAAAUACCUCGAUUAAUUGACUGGACCACUGAGGUUCUUGAUGUCAGUGAUCUGACUUUUGCUCUCAAAGGGGCAUGGUUUACUGGAACAGACUUGUUAUUCACGGCUGAUCCAAGGAACCUCCAUCACAUACUAAGUUCAAACUUUCGGAACUACCCAAAAGGACCUGAAUUCAGGAAGAUCUUUGAUAUUUUGGGAGAUGGAAUUUUAGCUGCUGAUUCGGAGCUGUGGGAGGAUCUGAGGAAGUCAGGUCAUACAAUUUUCCACCAUCAAGAUUUCCUUGAGAUAUCAGUGAGUAGCAAUGUAAGUAAGUUAAAGAAGGGUCUUGUUCCUUUUCUUGAUAAUGCUGCUGGCGAAAACAUCAUCAUAGAUUUACAAGAUUUGUUCCAAAGAUUCAUGUUUGAUACUUCUAUGAUUUUAAUGACUGGUUAUGAUCCAAUGUCUCUAUCUAUUGAAAUGCCGGAGGUGGAGUUUGGUGAAGCUGUAGACCACGGUGAAGAAGCUAUUUUCUAUAGACAUUUUAAACCGGUAAUUUUGUGGAAGCUUCAAUAUUGGAUUGGGAUUGGUCUUGAGAGGAAGAUGAGAGCUACAAUGGUCACUAUCAAUCAAAUGUUAGGAAAGAUCAUAUCUUCAAGAAGAGAGGAGAUAAGUCGCGGGAAGAGAGAGACAUCAAUGGACGUUUUAACGUAUUAUAUGAAUGUGGACACGACCAAAUAUAAGCUCUUGAAACCGAGAAGUGAUAGGUUUAUAAGAGAUGUUGUUUUAAGUCUAUUGGUAGCAGGAAGAGACACCACAAGCUCAGCUCUUACUUGGUUCUUCUGGCUUCUUUGUACACAUCCCCAAGUUAUGGCCAAGAUCCGACAUGAGAUCAAGACAAUGUUUGAUCCUUCAGAUCUUGAGAAGCUCGUGUAUCUACAUGCUGCCUUGUCCGAAUCGAUGAGACUCUAUCCACCAGUUCCCUUGAAUCACAAGUCGCCAUCAAAGUCCGAUGUGCUUCCAAGUGGACACAAAGUUGAAGCACAUGCAAAGAUUAUAAUCUCUAUUUACGCACUGGGAAGAAUGAGAUCUGUAUGGGGAGAAGACGCAUCAGAUUUCAAACCAGAGAGAUGGAUUUCAGCCGAAGGAGUGCUAAUUCAUGAACCUUCAUACAAGUUCCUUGCAUUUAAUGCCGGUCCCAAAGCUUGCUUGGGUAAGCAUUUGGCUCUCUUGCAGAUGAAGAUAGUAGCUAUGCACAUCAUACGAAACUAUGACUUUAAGAUUGUCGAAGGUCACAAGAUCGAACCAGUUCCUUCUGUCAUUCUCCGUAUGAAGCAUGGUCUUAAAGUUACAGUCAGUAAGAAGAUAUGAUAGGCUUUGAAGUCUAC